GUAGUUUUGUUCCGUGUCAACGAAAAUAGUAGCUAGCUAGCUACUCUAGCACUUGGCCACCGCAUAACUUUAGCUAAAAACACUUUAUUCCAGUAGCUCGCGUCCCUUCACUGCAUACGUUAUUUACCCCCAACAAGCAGGCUGUUUUUAGCAAAAUAACGAACUGGAGUUUACUUGCUAUAAGUGUAUCGGAACUUUUGAGGAGAAGCAUUUCAGCUAGCAAGCUGCAGCUGGAUAACGCGUUAGCAUAACUUGAUCGCUUGCUUGGCCAGUCGAGAUCUAAAUAGUCGUUAAUAACUGCAUUAUUCACUAAUUUGAGGUGUCGUGGACCACUUUCUCGUCAAUCAAACAUAAGCUGCAAACAUUUAUUAGUUGCUAGCUACCGUUACUAUUUCGACGAGGAUCACUGAGAGCUAGCUAGCCCCAGUCACCUGAAUACUAUUAUUUUUCUGAAGACAUGGUAAGUCAUAUUUGUUUACAAACACUUUCAUAAAUGGAUACAAUCAUUGGUUAUUUAGCUAACUAACCUAGCAAGUCAAUUGUUUGCCAGCUGUUUAGCUAACGUUAACUAACUAGUUAGCUAGCUAACUACAGUAACGUUACUUAGCCGAGACCUACCUUAGCUAGCUGGUGAAGUUGGGUAACUAACGUUAGUUGGUUGUUUGCUUGCUAACGUUAACUAGCUAGAGUUAGCUGAUAUAACGUUAGCUACGAUUGUCUUUUGCUGGGUAGUUCAGACAGUUGACACUUCUCCCGAACACAUUUGAAAUGGCAAACUGACCAACAUAACUAACUGAUUAACUUCUUCACGAUUGUCAGCAAAGUAACUAACUAUCAUAACGUUAGCAUACCCCACAGUUGGCGUAUGUAGCUAGCUAUACAAGUUAGCUAGCUAACGUUAGUUAGCCAACCGAUGAUGAUUUGGUUUGCUAGCUACCUAACGUUACGUUAGCUAGUUAUAUAUCAUACUUCCGUUCUUAUAUUUUUUAGCUAAAUUGAGUUGUAAUAAGAACUACAUUAAUCUGUCACACGAUUGGGCGAUUUAAUGGUACAGUAGAUAUUUGACUUGACAAUGAUGUGAGUUAGUCAGUAAUUUUAGCCAGCAAUGCUACCGUUAGCUAGCUUUCGGUUAUGUUAAUUAGCUAGGUAGCUACAACCUAGCCAUUCUUUAUUUGACAAAGAAAAUGGCUAACUUGAUGUCUGUUUUGUAUGGCUAGAAAAUGCUAAUAAAAUAUCCUAACUUUGACAGGUUUGUACAUUUCUCAAUGAAUAAACGGCCAGACAUUGGUUGAAAUCGCAGUUGUCAGUUGUGUGACAGAUAGCUUAUCCACUGCACUCAUGAUGAUAUUAUCGUGAAUCACUACCUGGCCUGUAGCCGACUCAACUCCACGAUUUACGAUAGAGUUGAGCAGCGGCUGGUGUGGGCAGACUGGAGCUCCUUGGUCACAUACAAUUACGUUUUUUAAAAUAAAAAACUACUAAUUUCAGCAUCCAAAGAAUAGCCCGCAAUUACGUAGAAAAAUGUCGUGUGUAAUUGUGGGCUAUUCUUUGGGUGCUGAAAUCAGUCGUUUUUUAUUAAAAUUGAUUUUAUGUGACUAAGGAGCUGCACUCUGCCCACACUAGUCACUGCUCGGCUACCCGGUUUAUCAGACAGUAGCUAGCUACAUUGAUUCUGAGCCAUCCUUUUUGGUGACAGCUUUACUGAAAUAUUCCCUCUACCGAGAUGUUCUUGUUAUUAAUGUGUUUGGGAUGUGUAGGUGCCAUUUCCAUAGUAUUUACCAUAUUUGCACCUUUCUGUUGGUAGUAGGACAGAAUAGUAAUGUCUGUUUCUCUCUCUCCCCCCCCACCCCACACUUCUAGAACUCCAAUGUAGAGAACUUGCCGCCCCAGGUUCUGCGUCUGGUGUACAAAGAGGUGUCUGCACUAGCUGCAGAUCCCCCUGAGGGCAUCAAGAUCUACCCCAGCGAAGAAGACAUCACAGAACUCCAUACAGCCAUCGAGGGACCAGGUAACUCAUACCUCUGUGUCAUGGGAAAUGUUUUGUCUGCCUAGGGAAGUUGUAGUGUAGAACAUGCUUAACCAAAGGCACUUGCCCAUCGGGCAAGUACAGGUAAUGUUUUACUUGCCCAAAGGUCAUGGUCACUUGCCCAAAAAACAAAAAUGGUCUGUUACACGCACAAAUUGUUAAAAUUUCAAGUACCUUUCAUUUUAACAUUGUUUGAAACAACUGAGUGUGCUCACUCGCUUGAAAAACAAGUAAAAAGCGGAAAUAGUACUGUUUGUCCAUUUUGAGACGCUGUAGCCAGUCCUCAAAAUAGUCAGAAUUAAUCUAAGAUAACUCUGUCAUUAAUUUUGAUGUUUUUGCCAAGGAGAUCUUAGUCACACAAUUUUACAUCUAACUUAAGAUGUUUGGUGCAGUAUUUCUCAAUGAAAAUGUUAAAAUGAAAACGAGUCGUCUCUCGUUGAAUGACAACAGAAUUUACUGAAGAAUCCCUACUGUUGGCCAAUCACUAACAAAAAAAGUCACAAAAUAUUGUCUUAAUAUAUGUACAAACUUUUCCGAGCUGUUUCGGCUGGGAAGCAUGCAGACGCCUUUACUCUGACAGACUUCUGAUGAAAAGGGUUAAAGUUAUAAGUAUGAAGUAAUGAUCACAGAUGUAAAAUACUCCAUAGAGGCAUGAAAUUUAAGAGGGUCUCCGGUACUUUUGUGUACUUUUUAGCCAGUAGUUCUGAAAGUAGCGCUCAGCAGCCAAAAGUGGUACUUCGAAAUUGCAUACUGUCACGUGCAGAUAUGUGCACCAUGUCAUAUCUCUCUCUCGCUCUGCUGUGUGUAUCUUGUUGCUAGCUGUCACUCAAAUGGCGAGGAGCUGAAGCUCAUUGGCUGAAACUAAUUGCUAGGGGCUGGCCCACGUGGGGUAAAAUGUAGGGUAAAUGGUGCAGCACAGCUUCCAGAAAAGUCUCUUUCAAACUAGAGAUUUCGUGGCUAAUUCAGGUUAGACAUUGGCUAACUAGCACACAACUAGAGACAGUUGGCACAAUGGACAACUAAAUCGAAUGUUUAGGCCUAUCUUCACUGGCUAAACUGGAAAACACUUAGGCCUACUUGAGUUGCAAGGUAAUUUGUUAAAUGAAGGACUGCAAGCGCCAUUUGAGCCCUGACUUUUGCUACUGAAACAGGUGCAUCUUUCUCAUCAAUAUCACUGCAUGUUUAGCCUACUCCUGUUUUAACAGGGUGUAAUUUGCUUAUUAUUGGGAGUUGAGACAUUCAGUUGACACUAUUAGAAAGCUAAAAUUCUUCCCUUUUUAACUAUUUGAUAACUGCAUUUGGUGGCUGUUUUUCUUUUGCCCUGUUCUUGAUUUGUGAGUGUAAACUUGGCGGUCAGGCUUUUGGUAAACAUGGCGGUCAGGCUUUUGUUAAACAUGGCGGUCAGGCUUUUGUUAAACAUGGCGGUCAGGCUUUUUUUAAACAUGGCGGUCAGGCUUUUGUUAAACAUGAAACAAAGUAGACUAAUGAAUAUGCUGUUUGCCUUCAUCAAAACAAUGUUUUUGUUGCAUAUUUCCAUCUGUAACCUAUUCUAAAUGACACACUAGCAAUUCGCAAAAUAGACUAGAUGCAUUUAUUUUUCCAAAACUGCAGCUUGUAGUUGGAACACAUAUUUCCCUACUUUAAUCAACCAGUCCAUUUUGAAUAUGUGAUAAAUCUGUCGUGCUUUGGCGAGGAAUGUAGCUUGUCUACGGUUUUGUUUGUGUAUGCUAUCAGUUUGAUCCAUUUUUAUAGGCAGUAAGUUCUAUAGUUCUAAUGGGAGCUUGGGUGCCCAAUGCGUUUGUGUGGCGGGAGCGGUCGGAUCUAAAUUGAGUGAGACACAUAACGGAGGUAAAAGAGAAUGUAGGGAGAACUGUGUGAUCACUUGGCUUGAUUUAUUUUUUGUUGCGAGUCGCUUAUGCACAUGAACAAAUGGAACACUAGAGUUGACUUGAAGGAACGCUACUCUUCAGGACAAAAUUUCACAUGUCCGUUCGGCCAGCCACAAAGCAGAUUCCACCUUCCCCACUGUUCAGUUUACCUGCCCUGGGCAACUGUUAAUGUCAACCCCUGCUUGACGUGGUUUAUUUAUUGUGCUUCAAUAGAAGGAACCCCGUUUGCCGGGGGUGUUUUCCGAAUGCGCCUGGUCUUGGGGAAGGACUUCCCUGCUGCACCUCCGAAGGGCUACUUCCUAACCAAGAUCUUCCACCCAAAUGUGGGCCACAAGGGAGAGAUCUGUGUCAACGUCCUGAAGAGGGACUGGAGGGCAGAGCUGGGACUCAGACAUGUAUUACUGGUAAGAGACAUUUAAACAUCUCUAUUGGUGGUUCUUAAUAAUCCAAAAUAGCAAUGGGUGAAAGAAAAUAUUGUAUCUAGUGCAUUUUAUAUUAACAUUUUGUAUAGUCAUCUCUGCUUGGUUCAAGGAAAACCUUGAAAUAUACCCUGAUGACUCACUGGUGUUCUCUCUCUCCCUUCAGACUAUCAAGUGCCUUAUGAUCCAUCCCAACCCUGAGUCGGCUCUCAACGAGGAGGCGGGGCGUCUGCUCCUAGAGGACUAUACAGAGUAUGCGUCCCGUGCUCGCCUCCUCACUGAGAUCCAUGCCAUGGGGGGGCACGGAGGGACGUCGGGGGUGCCUCAGGACCCCGCCGAUGGCCCCCAGCCCAAAAAACACGCAGGGGACCCUACCAAGAGGGCGAUUGGGGCCAGGGGUUGCCCCUUCUGCAGCUCUGGGUAACGGAGCCAAUGGAAGCAGUAGUAGCAGCAAUAGUAAUGUUGUAGGGAAGAAGAAAACGGAUAAAAAGCGAGCGUUGAGGCGACUCUAAUGCUGCUAGGAGACUUCUCAGUGUGUGUGUGUGUGUGUG